AUGAAAUCAAAUCAUAUUGCUGUUGGGACAAAUAUUAAAGGAUCAGCCCCGAAUCAGUUCAAUAGUCCUCGUGGAAUUUUUGUCGAUGUGAACUUCGAUUUAUAUGUGGCAGAUUGUUUCAAUGAUCGAGUUCAGUUGUUCCAGUCAGGAGAAUCAAAUGGCAUUACAGUAGCUGGAUAUACAUCACUAACUCCAACAAUUACACUUCUUUGGCCAACUGGAAUUAUAUUAGAUGCUGAGAAAUACUUAUUCAUCGUGGAUCAGAAGAAUGAUCGCAUUGUUGGUUCAGGCUUGAAUGGUUUUCGAUGUUUAGUUGGAUGUUAUGGAAAGGGUUCACAAUCCAAUCAAUUGGAGUAUCCAUGCAGUUUGAGUUUUGAUCGCUCUGGAAACUUAUUUGUCGCCGAUCAAUACAAUCAUCGAAUUCAAAAAUUUUUAUUGAUGAAAGAUUCUUUUGCUCUUCCAUACAAUCAGCCAAAGUUUUGUCCAACAGCCACUUGGAAUUCAAAAGGAAUUACCUUUACUAAUCAAUCGAGUGACGACUUCAAUCCUAUCGCCAUUUUUGUGAGCACAAACAACACAAUCUAUGUCGUUAAUCGACAAAAUAAAGCAAUUAUAAUGUGGGAUGAAGAGAGUGUUAAUCCAACAAAGAUUAUACCCGGCAACUUUACAGGAAUCGCUUCUCUCUUCGUGGCAUUGAAUGGUGAUAUUUAUAUUGAUGAGACUAUUAAGAGUCAUCGAGUACAGAAAUGGAUCGCAGAGACAAAUACGUUUAUCACGGUGAUGAAUGUUAGGCAAGCAUGUUCUGGUUUGUUUGUCGAUAUCAAUGAUACUCUUUACUGUUCAAUUCAUAUUGUACAUCAAGUAGUGAAAAGAUCACUGAAUGAUUCUGAUAUGAA